AUGGGUAAUCCACCGCCCAUUGUUCUUGACGGCGGCACCGGCUUCCUCAAGGUCGGCUACGCGGCGCAAAACUUUCCCGAGCACCAGUACCCGUCCAUCGUCGGCAGGCCCAUCCUACGAUCCGAGGAGAAGACGGAUAGCGAUGUCGUCAUCAAGGACAUCAUGUGCGGCGACGAGGCCGCAGCCGCCCGCACCAUGCUCCAGAUCAGCUACCCCAUGGAGAACGGCAUCGUCAAGAAGUGGGACGACAUGCAGCAUCUCUGGGACUACACCUUCCACGAGAAGCUCAAGGUCGACACAAACGGCCAAAAGAUUUUGCUGACGGAGCCGCCCAUGAACCCGCUCAGGAACAGGGAGCAGAUGUGCGAGGUCAUGUUUGAUCGCUACGGCUUCGGCGGUGUCUACGUCGCCAUCCAGGCUGUCCUGGCUCUGUACGCGCAGGGCUUGAGUUCGGGAGUCGUCGUCGACUCUGGCGAUGGCGUCACGCACAUUGUCCCCGUCUACGAGUCCGUCGUCCUCAACCACCUCACCAAGAGGCUCGACGUCGCCGGCCGCGACGUCACGCGCAACCUGAUAAAGCUGCUCCUGCGCCGCGGCUACGCUCUGAACCGUACAGCCGACUUCGAAACGGUCCGCCAGAUCAAGGAGAAGCUGUGCUACGUGUCGUACGAUCUCGAACUAGACAAGCGGUUGAGCGAGGACACGACGGUUCUGGUGGAAAACUACACGCUGCCAGAUGGGCGAGUUAUUCGCGUGGGAAGCGAGCGCUUCGAGGCACCCGAGUGCCUGUUCCAGCCCCAUCUCGUCGACAGCGAAUCGCCGGGGCUAGGCGAGUUCUUGUUCAACACGAUCCAAUCCGCCGACGUGGAUAUCCGCUCGUCCCUUUUCAAGGCAAUCGUGCUGUCUGGCGGCAGCAGCAUGUAUCCGGGCCUGCCAUCGCGGCUGGAGAAGGAGCUCAAGCAGCUGUGGCUGACACGCGCAUUGCAAGGCAACCCGGAGCGGCUGAGCAAGUUCAAGGUGCGGAUAGAAGACCCGCCGCGGCGGAGACACAUGGUCUUCCUCGGCGGCGCGGUGCUGGCCAACAUCAUGGCGGACAAUGAGAGCAUGUGGGUGACCAAGGCCGAGUGGGACGAGCAGGGACCGCGCGUGCUGGAGAAGCUGGGGCCGCGGUAG